GUGAGCAUGCUGCGGCGCCUGGGCUGGACUCGCGUGGCCGUGGCUUCGUCGCCAUCGACGCGACCCUCGGAGCUGUCGGCCGCCUUCCGAAGUGUGUCCAAAGACACCGGGAUCGACGCUGUCGUUUCGGAUGAUUCUCCGGGGUCCUCUUUCACCCAAGUCCAGCAAGCGCUCGGCACCACCAAGCACCUGACCGAAGCGGGGUGUCGAGCAGCUGUGCUGUUCUUGAGCCCGGCCGAGGCCAAGACCUUCCUGUCCACAUACGAACCAGACCCGGACGCCGCCUUCUCCUGGAUUCUUGCCACGGCGGUUGACCUGUCCUCCUCGCUUCCCACUUUCCUGAGCGAGCAGAAGUUGCGGCGUUUACGGCACGUGCUUCUCGUCUCCCCUUCCGAAUCUCCGACGACCGAGUUCCAGGACUACGUGCAGGACUUGCUGGACCGGGACGGAACUGGCGCUACGCCCUUGCUCCAGGAGCUCAGGAAGACCUACGCCAGGAACGAAGUCAUCCAGGACUGGGAAAAAGAUGACAGUGGCGGCGACGAGGCUGCAGCGGUCAUCCGCGCAGUGUGGGCGAUGGCGGCCGCGCUUCGGGCUGUCCAGAGAGUGCAGUGUGGUCGUGGAACCGACUGUCUGUUCGGCGGGAGGCUCAGCACGUCUGUGCUAGACAGUCUCAAGUCCCUGGACUACAGCAUGGUGGGUGCCGGAGUAGCGUCCCUCGAAGGAACGCCGCUCCACUUCUCAAUGGACAAGCGACUCGCGAGUCUCCGAUACACCGUCAAGGCCGUAUCAACGAGUGGAGAAGUGCUAGAGAUUGGUCGGUACACAGAACACAGCGGCCUUGAAGUGGACGAGAUGCUGGUGCCAAGUCGGACCACGCCACGUGAUGCUGGCGCGUCGAGACCAUCCACCAGCCUCAGACCAUCCUCCAGAGAACGUUCGUCAAACUUGCGCUCGAGUAACCUGGAGAUCCAGAACGACCCCGAGCCCCAGAACCUGGGCGAAACCUCCAACGUUCCGACACCCUCACCGGCGUCGUCCGCAGAAAAUGACGCGGAAAACUCCCCGUCCACGUCGCCGGACGCCGUCCGCCUGUCGCAGCCGAAACUCUUCACCGUGUGGAUCGCCAAGCCCUGGUCGCUCACCAUCGUGGUCGCUGCCGGACUCGGCAUUCUGCUGAGCGCGUACGUGGCAGUGUUCCUCCUCAUGAAGCUCUGCGAAGGCGUCGUCCGCAAGGGGCACCAGCUCACUUCUCUCCUCCUCCUCCUGUCCGUUGUGGGACUCUUCCUAGCGGGACUGCUGUUCACCUUCAGACCUCGACCUCGGCUGUGCGCGGCCCAGCAGCUCGCGCACCACACGAGCUACGCCUUCGCCUUCGGCUGCCUGCUCCUCAAGGGCAUGCACCUCAACGCCAUGCAGAGCGCCGGCCUGGGCGGCCGCGCCAGCGGCCUCAACCAGUUCCUCACUAUCUGCUUUUUGGUGGCAGUUCAACUGGCAGUCGAGGCCCAAGCAUGGAUGCUUUCGCCGCCGGGCGCCUGCCAGCUCAACCAGGCACGGUUUUUGCUCCACCAGCUUUACCCGUGCUUGGUGCUCGCGCUCGCAGUACUCAUGGCCUUCCGCACCCGAAACUCGGCCUACCACAGGAGGGACGCCCGCAGCCUUCUCUGCACGAGUCUUCUGGCGGUGCCUGUGCUGGCAGCGGGUCAUACUGCGUUUCUGCUGUUGGCACAGGGAGAGCCGCAGGUGGCCGCGCUCGGGUUUUCACUCGUGACCACAGGGUUUCUCCUGCUCGUGGGCAUCUUCGCUCCAUAUCUACGUGCGCUUCACAAGAGGGGCGGCUACGCUCACAAACCGCUGGGCUACUCGGAUUCGUCGGCGUCCGCGUUCGCCUCGUUUCAACGCAAGGACGUGGUGCCGGACUGUUGCUACCUGCAGGGUAGGGCAGUGACGAUAAUGCAACCUGGGAGGUUGCCCACGCACCGUGUUAGAAAUCCUCUGUAUCUGCCGGGAUCCGCCUACCCAUGACCAUGACAGAUGUUGCUCUAUGAGUGUAGACUGCGUUCAAGCUACGCACCUGUGAGCUGUGAACUUCUCUCUGCCAGUGACGUUACGGGUAGUGACCGGUCUUCGUGUUGGUGACUGACGGCCUCUGAGACUGGAACAGACUAUGGCACCACUUCGCGCGGACAAUCAGACCAGACUGUUGCCGUGUUUGUGUGUUUUAUGUUUCCGGCGCCAGGGCCGCAAGUCAGCAGACAUUACCGAGGAGUCGUCCUCUGUGGGCCCUACUGCGUUUGUUGCAGCGCGGUGCGCCACUUUGGAUCGUGAAAGAAACAACAGCAUGUGUAAAUCGACAUGUGUGACAGGGGUUUUCUUUCUUCCGUAUCGUGGAGGCAUGACAUCUUGUUUAGAGGUGAUAAGGCAGAACUUGAUUGUCCUCCCUAUUCCUUCCACUCUGCGUUUCUUACGUUCUUGAUCGGCAAACCAGGUUGCUCGCAGAUUAUAUCUUUCUUAUACUAAAUUCGUCGUGCUUUUGUUAGAUCUGGUCAAGGUACGUCUUGAAUCUGCUCUGACAUUACAAUGUGUGACCGAAGUGCCCUUCUGACCAAAAAUAGCCCUCUUUGUUCGAAUUCUUCUACCGAGAAUUUAAUUUCUUAGGUAUUUUUACGGACACUUUUUGGAAAUCAAACUACAUUCUUUCUUAGGAAUCGCAGCUCGGCCAGUUAAGGAAGUUACCUUCUAAAUUUAUAUUUAAACAGAAAAUGCUAAAGGAGGCUGAUUGCAGCUAUGCGCGAACUAACGCAUGACAUCCAUCGACCGAGAACCUUGGUUUCAACCUGGAUAUGAGGGAACACAGAAAUAAAGGUUUGAUACAGUCAUGGGUUGUACGCUGGUCCC